AUGCCAUUCGUAAAGGAAGGCAUGCCCCUUGUGAAGGAGCCCCAGCCGCCGGCGCUGGGCCCGCUCUCCUGGUUCCUCCCCAGCCUGUUCGCUGCCUUCAAUGUGGUCCUACUGGUCAUUUUCAGUGGCCUUUUCUUCGCAUUCCCUUGCAGGUGGCUGGCUCAGAAAGGGGAGUGGGCCUUUCCUACGGUCACAGGGCUCCUCUUCAUCCUCACCUUCUUCAGUCUUAUUUCACUCAACUUCUCUGACCCUGGUAUCUUACAUCAAGGCUCCAUGGAGCAGAGCCCCAUGAUGGUGCACGUGGUGUGGGUGAACCACCGAGCCUUCCGCCUGCAGUGGUGCCCAAGGUGUGGCUUCCAUCGCCCUCCCCGGACCUACCACUGCCCCUGGUGCAACAUCUGUGUGGAGGACUUUGACCAUCAUUGCAAGUGGGUCAAUAACUGCAUCGGUCACCGCAACUUCCGCUUCUUCAUGCUACUGGUCCUGUCCCUCUGCCUCUACUCUGGCGCCCUCCUGGUCACCUGCCUGAUAUUCCUGGUUCGCACCAGCCACCUACCAUUGUCCAUAGACAAGGUCAUGGCCAUCCUGGUGGCCAUCCCUGCUGCAGGCUUCUUGAUGCCGCUCUUCCUACUGCUGCUGAUACAGGCAUUGUCGGUGAGCGCGGCUGAGCGCUCCUACGAGGGCAAGUGUAGAUACCUUCAGGGAUACAACCCUUUCGACCAGGGCUGUGCAAGCAACUGGUAUUUAACAAUCUGUGCACCGCUGGGACCCAAGUACAUGUCUGAAGCAGUCUGGCUGCAGAGAGUGGUAGCGCCUGAGUGGGUGCCUGUGUCCACCCUGUGUCCUUCUGCGCACUGUCCCCCAGUUCUGUCUGGACCCCAGCCUCAGCCUCUGGGUCUCUAUGCACCAGGCAAGGGUCCCCCAGGGAGUGGCGAGGCUGCAGUUCUCCAGGAGACUGGGCAGGGGCGUGUCUAUGAGCUGUGGGGCUGGCUGGAGGUACCUGCACACACUCAAUCUGUGUUUAGCUCCAUGCCAGCCCAGUGCUGCCCCUGCUACCGGAGGCCCCCAGACGCUGCCCGACCUCCCACUCACCCCUCCGGACCCGAUGCCAGGAGCACCUUCACUUGA